UCCAGCUGUCUCUCUAUGAAGAGUGACUGGUCUAAAGGUGAACCUCUAGACUUCAGUAAUGAACCAGGACCCUCAGAUCAGAAGAUGAGUGAUCGAGGAGACAAAGAGGAGGACAGAGCAGAGUCUCCUCUGUCCAGCUGUCUCUCUAUGAAGAGUGACCAGUCUAAAGGUUUUCCUCUAGACUUCAGUCUUGAACCAGGACCCUCAGAUCCACAAAUAACAAAGGGGUCUGUUUCUGUGGAGGAGCAGCUGUCCAGCUGUGCUUUGUGUCAGGACGUCCUAAGAGAUCCAGUUUCUACCAGAUGUGGACACUGGUUCUGUAGACAGUGUCUCACCUCAUACUGGGACCAGUCCACUUCAUCAGGAGAGUCUUCCUGUCCCCAGUGUGGAGAACGAGGACUGCAGAUAUCCACAGAUAGAGGUCUGCAGGAGGUUACAGAUGAACAUAAGAUCAGUCUGAGGAGGAGAUGUGAACAUGUGACUGAAGGAAGUGAUGAAACAGGAAGUAGAACCCUCCUCAACAGGAUCUACACUGAGCUCUACAUCACAGAGGGACAGAGUGAAGAAGUGAACACCCAACAUGAGGUGAGACAGCUUGAGACAGACUCUAAAAAGAAGACCCUCCAUGAGACUCUAAUCAAGUGCCAGGACAUCUUUAAAGCCUUCCCCGACCAACAGAACCAAAAGACAGAAGCUCAACCCGACCAACAGAAGCAAAAGACAGAAGCUCAACCCGACCAACAGAAACAAAAAACAGAAGCUCAACCCGACCAACAGAAACAAAAAACAGAAGCUCAACCCGACCAACAGAAACAAAAGACAGAAGCUCAACCCGACCAACAGAAACAAAAGACAGAAGCUCAACCCGACCAACAGAAACCCAUCAGAGUGGUUCUGACAAACGGCGUCGCUGGUGUUGGAAAAACCUUCUCAGUGCAGAAGUUCACUCUGGACUGGGCAGAGGGCUCAGAGAACCAAGACCUCAGUCUAGUGAUCCUGCUUUCAUUCAGGGAGCUGAACUUGAUCAGAGAUAAGGAGUACAGUCUUCUUGAGCUGCUCCGUGUUUUCCAUCCAACAUUACAGAAGGUCACAGCAGAGACGCUCGCUGUCUGUAAACUGUUGUUCAUCUUUGACGGCCUGGAUGAAAGCAGACCGUCGUUGGACUUCACAAACAGGGAGGUUGUGUCUGAUGUCACAAAGAAAUCACAGUUAAACACACUGUUGACAAACCUCAUCAAGGGGAAUCUGCUCCCCUCAGCUCUCAUCUGGAUAACUUCUCGACCUGCAGCAGCCAAUCAGAUCCCUCCUUCAUGUGUUGACAGGGUAACAGAAGUACGAGGCUUCACUGACGCCCAGAAGGAGGAGUACUUCAGGAAGAGGUUCAGUGAUGAUGAAGAUCUGUCCAGCAGAAUCAUCUCACACAUCAAGACAUCCAGGAGCCUCCACAUCAUGUGUCUGAUCCCGGUCUUCUGCUGGAUCACUGCCACAGUUCUGGAUCACAUGAUGAGCAGAGAGCAGAGAGGAGAGCUGCCCAAGACCCUGACUGACAUGUACUCACACUUCCUGCUGGUUCAGACAAAGAGGAAGAAGAACAAGUAUGGUGAGGCAGACAGGGAAGUUCUUCUGAAGCUGGGGAGGCUGGCGUUUGAACAUCUGGAGGAUGGAAACAUCAUGUUCUAUGAAGAAGACCUGGAGCGUUGUGGUCUUGAUGUCACAGAGGCCUUGGUGUACUCAGGAGUUUGUACAGAGAUCUUCAAAACAGAGUGUGUGAUCUUCCAGAAAACAGUCUACUGCUUUGUUCAUCUGAGUGUUCAGGAGUUCCUGGCUGCAGUCUACAUGUUCCACUGUUUGACAAACAGGAAGAGAGGUGUAGUGAAGACUUUCCUUAAAGACAUCAACCUCAGGGACUCAAAUGGAAAUGCAUUUUUAAAGAAGAAUUCUAAAGUUCUAACUCCUGACUCAUCCCUGGAUGUCUUCCUGAGGAGUGCCAUGGAGAAAUCCCUGAAAAGUAAAAAUGGUCACCUGGACCUGUUUGUUCGCUUCCUUCAUGGCCUCUCUCUGGAGUCCAACCAGAGACUCUUAGGAGGCCUGCUGGGUCGGAGCGACAACAGUCCAGAAAUGAUCCAGAGAGUCAUCAACAACCUGAAGGAGAUGAACAGUGAUGAUAUCUCUCCUGACAGAAGCAUCAACAUCUUCCACUGUCUGACGGAGAUGAACGACCUCUCAGUCCAUCAGGAGAUCCAAGAGUUCCUGAAGUCAGAGAACAGAUCAAAGCAGAAACUCUCUGAUAUCCACUGCUCUGCUCUGGCCUACAUGCUGCAGAUGUCAGAGGAGGUUCUGGAUGAGUUGGACCUGAAGAAGUACAAGACAUCAGACCAGGGACGACUGAGACUGAUUCCAGCUGUGAGGAACUGCAGGAAGGCAGAGAUCCCAGGCUCAUGAUGAAACAGCCCUCGUGCCAAGACUGGAGCUGGCUUAUAAAAAGGAAAGGGGGAGAUGGGAU